AUGACCUUGGUUGCAAUUUAUUAUAGUCCUCCUUCCACCAAUUCUGCUAGUAGCAAGGUCAAGACAACGACCAUCAAUUCAAAUUUUACUAGCAAAUGGAAAAAAGGGAUUGCUCUAUUAUCUUCAAAAUAUAGUCAUAAACGAAAAUAUCAAUGCUCACCCACAACAGUUGCAGCAGCCACCGAAAAAGUUCUUUGCCACAGCAAAAACAGCAGCCCUCCUCAUCACAACCACAUCAAAUGCGAGGAUCUUACAGCAAAAGAAUUUGCAAAGAUGGCGGGCAUCAAAAUCAAAUCUGAUGAUGAUGAAGUGGAUGUUGCUGAGGGAGAUGAUGAAAUGAUUGAUUUUGUGUCUAUAACAGCAACAACUGCACCAGCACAACAGCAUUAUCUCUCUAUUGUUGAUGAACCUAUGACGACUCAAAUGACAUCUGUUUCCACACGUACAGCACUCUCAAGUAAGAGUUGCCACCAGAUCUGGGACUCCGAUUUCUGGCAGUGUAACGACAACAGCACCAACAACAACAAAUUGAUGAAAACUAAUACAAAUACCACCGCCAGCACAACAAAAACAAAUACUAAUAACAAUAAUAACGAUACCCUAUUUAUAUCAAGACUUCGCUCUUGCUCCUCGAGUAUGGAGAACAGCAAUAAUAUGACAGUGCCUGGCGUGAUUCAAAAGGGUAGAUUCAAAAUCGUAGUAGGACAAGAUGAUUGUUGUGAACCUGUUACCCAACAUCAUCAUGUCGUACUCGAAUGGAAACGUAAAAGAUCUGACUCCUCAUCCACCAACUUAACAACCAAAAAGAAACAACCUAUGUAA